AAAUGAAGUGUAUCAUGAUCAUUGCGUCGUCAUCAAUAACAACGCGUACAAGAUUGUCUCGAUUUGUAUUAGGAGGCUUGAAAUGGCCGAUGAGACACGAUGUAUAAAAGAAGCUGCCUAAAAGGCAUCGAUCAGGCGUUUAUUGGCCAAGCCGUUCGAACGAAGCGACGAUGGCGACGACAUUCCUACUGCCACUACUCUAUGCCAGCGGAGCUUGCGCUCAGUAUGUCCCCGUGCCGUGGGCAUAUACACAAAAUGAGCCUCCUGUUAAGGUCACCGUUGACGCUACUGUUCGACAUCAAACGAUGAUUGGGGGUGGCUGCUCGGGAGCCUUUGGUGUCGCCUGCGAUCAGACCGGAUCCCGAGGACUCUCGCCUUCAAACCAACAGCUUGUUAGCGACUACUUGUUCAAUGAGAAUCUUGGGGGUCUCUCCGUCUUGCGCAACCGCGUCGGCUCGAGCCCUACGGACGGUAUUCUCGGCAGUUGUCCUACAACCCCAUCAGCACCGGCCAAUUAUUCAGGUCUGGGAACAAACGAUUCCACCGCCGAUAGCUGCCAGCUCAAGCUCACCCAACAAGCUUUAACAGCCAACCCAGAUCUAUUCAUCUAUGCAGACGCUUGGUCUGCCCCGGGUUGCUUCAAAACCGAUGCCACAGACAAAAAUGGCGGACUGAUCUGCGGUGUGCGCGGAACCAACUGCACUCACGACUGGCGACAAGCAUAUGCUGACUACCUUGUGGAGUACGUUAGAUUGUAUGAAGAGAAGGGCAUCAAUGUCAACUUGAUAGGUGCUUACAACGAGCCCGAUUUCAAUCCCGUCACCUACGCUAGCAUGGACUCCGACGGAUACCAAGCUGCCGACUUCCUUAAAGUUCUCUAUCCUACAGUCAAGAAAUACCGCGAAGACUUGCAGGUGUCCUGCUGCGACGCUACUGGUGCUCGUCAAGAACGCAAUCUUCUUUAUGAACUGGACCAAGCUGGUGCCGGCAAGAUGUACGACAUUGCGACAUGGCACAACUACCAAAGCAUGCCCGAGCGACCUUUCAAUACUCAAGGUCAGCCAAAUAUGGAGACCGAGUGGUCAGACGGUAGCGGUUCGUUCAAUACUACCUGGGACACGACGGGCCAGCUGGCGGAAGGUCUACAGUGGGCGAUCUACAUGCACCAAGCCUUCGUGUACAGCGACACUUCUGGAUAUCUCCAUUGGUGGUGUGCGCAAGACAAUCCCGGAAACACAACAGGCAGCGAUGCCAUUCUCGUGCGUCUUCGAGGUAACACCUUCGAGGUAUCUCGCCGUCUCUGGGCCUUCGCCGGCUACUUUCGUUUCGCACGUCCGGGUUCUAUUCGCAUCGAUGCUAUCAGUCCUGCUGAGAAUCUCAAGGUCACCGCAUUUGAGAACACGAAUGGCACGCUGGCUAUCCCUGUUAUCAAUGAGGCGCACUACGAAAGACAAGUUGAGGUUAGUAUCAAGGGCUCUAAUCUCACGAUGAGUGUCGCGAAUGCGUAUUUGGCGGACAACGAACACAACAACACGAUGGUCGGGACGUAUGGGGUCAACGGGUCAGUCUUCAUAGCUUCAAUUCCGCCGAGGAGUAUGACCACCUUCUUCUUGGAGUAGGAUACGUUCCUAGAUGCCUCAAUCUUAGCCUAGUCCAAUAAUAUUGUCCUCCUGCCAAACGUCACUGGCCAUGUCCUACCCA